GGACAACAGAACAUUCGCUCCGGAAGAUUAAAGAGCGAAUGUUCAGCGACAAAUGUGUGGGCAAACUGCCAACGCGCAUCUUGUCUUCAAAUACAGAGACCUGCCUGCCUGCCCUCGGCUCCUCCCUCUCCUCUGCCUCAACGCACCCUUCGCUCCCAACAGCAGCACCAGCCUCGUCGUGCAGAGCAGGAACAGACACCGCCCAUGGCAGCGCCGGCGUCCGAGUCCUCCCGGCGGUCCUACGACGUGAUCGUGGUGGGCGCGGGGAUCAUGGGCAGCUGCGCGGCGCACGCGGCGGCGUCCCGCGGCGCGCGCGUGCUGCUCCUGGACCGCUUCGACCUGCUCCACCACCGGGGCUCCUCCCACGGCGAGUCGCGCACCAUCCGGGCCACCUACCCGCAGGCCCAAUACCCGCCCAUGGUGCGCCUCUCCCGCGUCCUCUGGGACGAGGCCCAGCGCGACGCCGGCUACCGCGUGCUCACCCCCACGCCGCACCUCGACCUGGGCCCGCGCACCCAGCCGGCCCUCCUCGCCGCCGUCGCCAACGGGGCCGCCACCGAGCUCCUCCUGGGCCCGGGCGCGGACGCGGAGCGGCCCGCGUGGGCCGGCGCGUUCCGGGUGCCCGACGGGUGGACGGCGGCCCGGAGCGAGCUCGGCGGGGUCAUGAAGGCCACCAAGGCCGUGGCCAUGUUCCAGUCGCUCGCCGUCAGGAUGGGCGCCGUCGUCAGGGACAGGCUGGAGGUCGUCGACAUCACCAGGAAGCAAGGAGAAGAAACGAUCAUGGUUAGGACAACAAGCGGCGAGGAGUUCCACGGAGGCAAGUGCAUCAUCACGGUGGGCGCGUGGACGCGCAAGCUGGUGAAAUCAGUCUCCGGCGGCGUCACGGACCUGCCGGUGCAGCCUCAGCACACGCUCAUCUGCUACUGGAAGGUGAAGCCAGGCCACGAGCGCGAGCUCUCCGUGGAGGCCGGCUUCCCGACGUUCGCCAGCUACGGCGACCCGUACAUCUACAGCACGCCGUCGAUGGAGUACCCGGGCCUGAUCAAGAUCGCCAUGCACGGCGGGCCGCCCUGCGACCCGGACCGUCGAGACUGGGCCGCCGCCACCGGCGAAGGCGAAGAAGGCGGGCUGGUGGGCCCCGUGGCCCGGUGGAUCGAUGAGGUGAUGCCGGGCUGCGUGGACACCGCCGGCGGGCCGGUGCUCCGGCAGCCGUGCAUGUACUCUGUUACCCCCGACGAGGACUUUGUGAUUGAUUUCCUGGGCGGGGAGGAAUUCGGGAAGGACGUGGUGGUGGGUGCCGGUUUCUCCGGGCACGGGUUUAAGAUGGGCCCGGCUGUCGGCAAGAUACUCGUAGAGAUGGCGUUGGACGGGGAGGCGCGGACGGCGGCGGAGGCCGGCGUGGAGCUCCAGCACUUCAGGAUCUCCCGGUUCGAGGGCAACCCGAUGGGGAACGCCAAGAGCUUCUGAUCGAUCGAUGAUAUGGUAAUGAUCCAAGUUUGCAUGAUGUCCUCACCGUGUACAUUGCACGCGGCACUUCGAUUCGUGCAUGAUGCAUUAAUUUUGUUGUACAACUUCUAUUUGUGGCUUAUUACGUUUUCGUGAGUUUGGGACAUUGAUAAUAAUGAAGUGCGGCAUAUGCUCUUUGUAUUC